CUCGUCGCGACCUGACCUAGUCUCGAGCUCAACGUUGUCUGCGUCGACGACCACCGCCAGUCCACUCAAUGUCGCUACCAAACAAGCUCACCUCCGAACGCAACCAGAAAGCCCUUCUGGAAUUAUGUACGAAGCCAGGAAACGAUAUCUGCGCGGACUGCAAAGCUAGAAACCCAAGAUGGACGUCUUGGAACCUUGGAAUAUUCAUCUGCGUCACCUGCGCUAGCAUUCACAGAAAGAUUGGUACUCAUAUCACCAAAGUAAAGAGUGUUACAAUGGAUAUGUGGACAAACGAACAGGUCGAAAACAUGAGGAACAUGGGUAAUAUUAAAUCCAAUGCUAUCUUCAAUCCCAAUGAAGUCCGUCACCCACCGCCUCCCGACCUCGAAGACUCUUCUCGAGAUAGCGAACUGGAGAAAUACAUUCGUGCCAAAUACGAAUAUAGAAAAUACGUCGACAAGACUGCCUUUGUAGCUUCAAAACUGGGUCCUUCUCGAUCUGCAUCAUCUAUCACACCUAGGUCCGCGUCGACCCCAAUACGGGCAUCGACUCUUCCAGCCUCCUCUUCCUCAACUACGAGCUCUCAGCCAAAAGCGUCGAAUCCUCCGCCUCCUCCCCUCCCGUCAUCAUCGCAGCCUUCGACAAACCGGCCUCAGCAGACGCGGUCGGUAUCGCAGCCCCUCGUUUCCCAACAAGCUGCAAAGCCAGCAGCGCCUCCCCAACCGCAGAAACCUCAAGGAGGAGUUUGGGAUGACCUCAUUCAACUACAGGACUCGAAACCAACUCCAACACUCCCACUUCAAUACUCCAAUGGCUUAUCAACCCCUGGCGCGGGCAUGUCAAUUGCGAUGAACCCAACGGGGAUGGGUUUCCAACAACAACCUCUAUCAGCAUUCGCCACCGGCCAAUUCACACCCUCCACGCAGCUAACUCCCAGUUUCCAACCCCAGCAACAAUCAUACGGCCAACAGUUGUUCGCGAACCAGCCAACCGUCCAAACCCCGGGUGGCAUGUCUUCCCCCAUAUUCCAUCCGCAGCCUCAAGCUGGAGGUCUGCCCCAACAGCAAUCGUCCUUCCUCUCCCCAUCGCCAUCCAUAAUGUCCGCACCCGUUACCCAAACGCAGUUUAUGACCCCAAGCCCGAGCCAACAACUCCUCUCGCAUAGCCCUCAGAUCCAGACAAAUGGGGUUGGGGGAUUCAUGACGCCGAGUCCUCAACUCCAAAUGGGAGGAGGUUUCAGCGGUGGUGGUGCGAUGAAUGGCUUGAGUCACUCCCCCGCGCCGAUGAUGAGCAUGACGCCAACUGGUAUGCCCAUGCAGAACCAGUUCGGAGGGUCUAUGAUGCAACAGCAGCAACCGUUGCAACAGCAGGGGACUUCCUUACAGGCGUUUUCGCAGAGUAUGAUGUCCCCGGCGCAGUUUUCGGCUGGGAUGAUGAACGGCGGUCAGGGAGGGUUUGGGAAUUCCUUCGGAAUGCCUCAACAACAGCAGCAGCAAUGGGGAACAUUUUGA